AUGCGAUUAAGACAAAGCUUAUAUACUCAAGUUGAGUCGAAUUUCCCAAGAUUGAGAUGGUUGGGAAUAACUGGAUCUGUGUAUGGAGACUUGGUGGAUGCUUUAGCAAGAAGUAGACCAUUCUCGCACGUUGCUUGCUGUGGUGGGGAGCUUGGAACAGACCAAUGGGAUGAUAUGGAUGAUGUUUACGUGCAAGAUAAGGAAGUUGAUUUUUUCGAACAGUGGCUUCUUGGAGCAGAAAAUGAGAGUGAUGACGAAAUGGAAGAUGAUGUGGAUCUUGCAGAACCGUUAAGAGUGAUUAGUGGGAUUCUAGUGUUGAUGUUAAAUUAUAGCAACUGAUCCUUCAAGUACUUUGUGCUAGUUUUGUGUUGUAGACAAUGUGAACCUGUUUUAUAUAAUGAUAUCAGUGUAAAUAGUAUUGCUAGCUUGUUUAAACCUGUUUAAACGUUUCUACCCUAUGCGGAGUUUGGAACAUGAGAAAAUUUCACAUAUAUAUGUAAUACAUAUUGUGUCAAGCUAGAGCAGUGACUAUUAUUAAUUUU